AAAAAAAAUCUACCGGAACAAGUCGUGUGUCUAGCAGUUUACAGUGCCGUUGUUAUUGGAGGAGAGCUGGCUUGAUUUGCUUUGUGUGUUAGUACGCGUAUUAUAGUAUUGUCAGGCGCUAUGGAAGAGAACAGCGGGUUCCGGCCCUCAGUGGGUAAUCUGGACGAUCCUCCAAACAGCCGAAUAUUUCUGGUAGUCAGUAAAUUGGUUACGGAGGAUGUGAUACGGGAGAGAUUCUCUGAUUUCGGUGACAUCCAAGACAUCUGGGUUGUUAAAGAUAAACAGACUAAAGAAUCAAAGGGUAUCGCUUUCGUUAAGUAUGCCAAGUCCUCACAAGCCUGUCGGGCUAUGGAGGAGAUGCAUGGCCGGUGCCUGAGCGAGAGCAGCAAGCCUAUAAAGGUGUUCAUUGCACAGUCACGAGGCUCUUCAAAUCACAGGGAUGUGGAAGAUGAAGAACUUACCAGAAUAUUUGUAAUGAUCCCAAAAUCUUAUUCAGAGGAUGAUCUGAAAGAAACAUUCAAGCAAUAUGGACAUAUCGAGUAUUGUUCGAUUAUUAAAAACAAGAGCACUGGUGAAAGUAAAGGUUUGGGAUACGUGCGAUACCUGAAGCCAUCUCAAGCUGCCAUUGCAAUUGAAAACUGUGAUCGAAGUUUUAAGGCAAUCCUGGCUGAACCCAAAAAUAAAGGGGGGUCUGCUGAGCCUGAUUAUCACAGCACUGCAAGGCUGCAGACGCAAGCAGCAGAACCUAUGCUGCAUGACCCUACAACAGCUGCAAUGUAUUCUUAUGAGCAAUAUGAUUAUUCAGCAUAUGACAAGAGUGGAGAGCCCAGGACCCAGGAGACAGUAUCCAAGCGUCUGACAGUUGUCUCUCGAGUUCCUCUAAUCCAGGAGCAGAUGUACAGCUUGUUUGAUAUCGUUCCCGGGCUUGAGUACUGUGAAGUUCAGCGAGAUUUGUACUCCAACUAUGCACAUUGCAUUGUUCAGUAUCAGAACAUCGCAUCAGCCAUUUAUGCUAAGUACAAACUGCAUGGAUUUGAAUACCCACCAGGGAAUCGUCUUGGUGUCUCUUUCUUAAAUGAUGGUGGAGAUGGCACGGAACUUCUAAGAAAAAUGGCAUCUCAGAUGGUAGCUGUUCAAGUAAACACAAUGGUAUGGGGUUCCCAAGUAGCCCAGCAAUAUCCUGCAACAUCUGCCUAUGAUCGAGGAUAUGCAUCCCCUAUUGCCCCAGUUACACCACAGCUGCAGACAGAUGCCAACCUCCCACCAUGCAAGAAGAAAGCACCCAGUGAUUCCCAAUCAAAAGAGAGGCUUUUCAUUGUGUUUAAUCCUCACCCAAUGACUAUGGACUUAAUGGAGGAUGUGUUUUGUCGGUUUGGAAAUCUGAUAGAAGUUUAUAUCGUUCCUGGGAAAAACGUUGGGUAUGCCAAAUAUGCUGAUGUAUCCAGUGCAAAUGAAGCGAUUGCCACAUUACAUGGAAAGAUUGUGAAUGGCAUUAAACUUAAAGUGAUGCAGGCAGAGUCUCCAAGAGAUGAGUCCAACAAGAGGCAGCGAACAUACUGAGUUUAAUCUUUGGGCGUUGAUCAGUUAUGAAGAAAAUGAGGUCUUGACCUUCUGAAAAAAUCAGUCUGUGGACCCAAAAUGUGUGGUUUUGUGGAGACACUAAGUGACUUGGACUCUUAUUUGAUCACCAAUGGAAAAAAAACAGCUGUCACUAAAGGGAUUGUGGAUGAGGCCUUUUGAAUUGAUUUAAGACUGUAAAAUAACAAAUCAUGAUAAAUGUAAGGUUUUACAUUUUGGAAGCAAAGCGAAGCAUGUUAACUAUUACUUAAAUGGGCAACACAUAGGUGGAAAAGGUAUUUUGGGGGUUUUGGCAGCGGCUUAUACAUAUAACAUGUAUAAAAGGGGCAAAAAUGCAAGAGGGAAAAAAAGUAAUUCUGCACCAUGUAUAAAUCCCAGGUAAAACUUCAUCAGGAGUAUGCAAUACAAUUUUGAGGACCGAUUUACUAAAAAGGACAAUGCAAAAUUAGAAAGGGUUCAGAGUUAAAAAAAAAAAAAAAAAAAAAAAAAAAAAAAAUGGUGGCAAGAUUAGAUCAUUUGAGUCUGUUAUAAAAGAGUAGCGUGAGGUGAGAAGAUAACUUUAAAUAAUAUUCAUGGUCCUUAGAGAGAUUUAACAGGAUCACUGUUUAUUCCAAGAAUAUUUUUUUUUUGUCAUAAGUGGUCACACAAUUAUGGCUAGAAGAAGGAAAUUUAAAGGGACAGUCAAGUCCAAAAAAAAAACUUUCAGGAUUCAAAUAGGGCAUGCAAUUUUAAACAACUUUCCAUUUCACUUUUAUCAACAAUUUUGCUUUAUUCUCUUGGUAUUCUUAUUUGAAAGCUAAACCUAGGAGGUUCAUAUACUAAUUUCUUAAACCUUGAAUGCCCCUCUAAUCUAAAUGCAUUUUGAAAGUUUUUCACUACUAGAGGGUGUUAGCUCGUGUUUCAUAUAGAAAACAUUGAGCUCAUACACAAGAAUUUACUGAGGAGUGAGCACUGAAUGGCUAAAAUGCAAGUCUGUCAAAAGAACUGAAAUAAGGGGAUAGUUUGCAGAGGCUUAGAUACAAGGUAAUCACAGAGGUAAAACGUGUAUUAUAACUGUGUUGGUUAUGCAAAACUGGGGAAUGGGUAAUUAAGGGAUUAUCUAUCUUUUAGAACAAAAAUAAUUUCUGGUGUUGAUUGUCCCUUUAAAGAUAUUACUUUAAAUUGGCUUGGCAGUUUUGUUUUUUAUUACUUUUGCUUUUAUUAAAAAGAUAUAAGCAUAACAGUAGAAAAAGGUUUAAUUUUAUUUGAAAUGCACCCCCCCCCCCAAAAAAAAACCCAAAACAUAUUUGGCAAACUUUGUCCUUGAGCUCUGUAUUUUACUGUGUUUGCUUUAAACCCAUACUGAAAUGUAUGGGGGGGGGGGGGGGGGGGUACAAUUUUAAAAAGCUUUUGCUAAAAGACAGUGGUACUGGUGUGCAUUGUGUCCAAACCAUACAUAUCCUUUUAAAAAAAAAAAAUCUGCACUGUUGCCCUGUUAGUGAUAUUUGGUACUGCAGCUAAUUCUGUUUUAGACUGAAAAGCAUAAACAAACUUUCAUUUCAAACUCAAAGAGCACCACUUAGGAACAGACUGUGUGUCUACAACUAGGUAAUUUAGUGCUUCUGCAGUACUUUUUGUUAUUCUUAACUCAACUUGUUUUAUGGAUUGAAUAGAUCAUAUUUGCUGCAGUUUAAUUAUGAAAGACUGGGCAGCUAUUCACCUUCACACUUAUUGAUUACUGUAUAUGCAAAAAAAGUAGUUUUCUGCAUCUCAAAUAUUUGAAUUGUUGGUUAUACAGAUUUAAAUGUAUUUUGACAAUUGUGGGGAGGGGUUUGACUGAUCUUAACACUUUUUUUCAACACUUGAUUGUGAGCAUCACAAUUGUGAGUACAAUAACCUUAAUAGAACACAUAUAUUAAAUUAGAAAUAUCAGGUCCUUCUGUAAUUCUGCCUGAUUACCAUAAUAAACAGUUUGAGUUUGGGUCUCCUGCUCUGGAAAAGAACAAGUAGCGAUCUUUAUUGUAGCUGGAUGAAACUGCAAAUACCUCUGCAUACUAUGAUGUGUUGUGGAUAUACUACACUUCAUAAAUGUGUACAGAGUAAAAAAAAAUUUUUAAGACUGGAGCAUACAGUAUAUUUGUUGUAAGUAGUUAAGUAUUGCCCUAACCUUUGAAGAAAAUUGUUUAUAAGCGUACAGUGUUUCAAGAAAGAAUCUGGAAAUUCAAACGAACUAUGAGGGUAAGUGGUUUGAGGAAUAAGAAAGUAACUGUUUGAAACAUUGCUUUUGGAAUUAAAGUCUAGAGCAUGGGUCAGCACCUCGGCACCCCAGGUGUUUUGGAACUACAUUUCCCAUGAUAUUCAGCUAGCCUUAAAAAGUGUCCAAGCAUCAUGGGAAAUUUAAGUUCCAAAACAUCUGUGGGGCCAAGGUUGCUGACCCCUGGUCUAGAGGGUUUAUCUAUGAUAACAUUAAAGCAUAGUCAGCCUAAAGAGAAUGUCUGUGUGUGAACCAAUUGUGUAUAAGAUCAUAAACUAAAAUAUUUGCCAUUUCAUACUCAUGAAUGUGUAGUACAUACAGCAGAACAAUGUUUAAGUGACAUUUACAUUAAUGGGACAGUCCACUUGAACAUGUUUAAAAAGAUAAUCCCUUUUAUUACCCAUUCCCCAGUUUUUCAUAACCAGCACUGUCAUGUUAAUGCAAUUUUACCUCUCUGAUUACCUUGUAUCUAAGCCCCCUUUUCUCAGGUCUUUUGACAGACUUGCAUUUUAGCCAAUCAGUGCUGAUUCAUAAAUAACUCCACAGUAGUGAGCAUAAUGUUAUCUAUAUGACACAUGAUCUAACGCUGUUUAGAAAGGCUUAGAAAUAAGCAUAUGAGCCUACCUAGGUUUAACUUUCAACAGAGAAUACUAAGAGAAAAAAAAGCAAAUUUGAUGAUGAAAGUAAAUUGUAAAGUUGCUUAAAUUUGCGUACCCUAUCUGAAUCAUGAAGGUGUCAUUUUGAGUAGACUGUCCAUUUAAAGGGACUUAAACCCUAAAUUUUCUUUCAUGACUCAGAGAAUACAAUUUUAAAAAAACUUCUAUUAUCUAAGUUGCUUCAUUAUCUUGGUAUCAUUUGUUGAAGAAGCAGCAGUGCACUACUGGGAGUUAGCUUAGCAUAUCAGUGAGCUAAUAAGGCGUUUGUGUGCAGCCACCAAUAAGCAGCUCCUGAGUCUACCGAGGGUAUCCUUUUCAGCAAUGGAUAACAAUACAAACUAGAUAAUAUUCGUAAAUUAGAAAGUUGUUUAAAAUUGCAUGCUCUAUCUAAAUCAUGAAAGAAAAAAAGUGUUUCAUGUCCCUUUAACAUGUUAUAGAACUUCUUAUUUGUUCCUUCCUCUUCCAAACUACAGCCCUGCACCUAUGUGCUUUUUGCCAUCUGCCGCCUUCUUCCCAAAACAUAAUCUGUCUGUAUGAUCCUAUUUAUCAUUACUGCCUCCCAUGAAUCAUUCAAAGUAAAUUAUGUUCCUGCCCUCCGCAAUAGUUUUGUUAAUAAAAUGAUCAACUAUGAAGCUCACCAAUUUUGCACUCAUACUCAAUGUAGGUAUAAAUCUAAAGAAAUUAAGGUCAGGGGUCAAGUCCUUUAGGAAACCAUUGGAAUGGAGAUCCCCCUGGACAGAGAACAGAAAUGCUUCAGUAAAUACUGCUGCUGCUGGUGGUAGGAGUUGGAGCACAGUCUUGUUAGGGAGAUCCUUUAGUAAUGAGCAGCAACACUUCCUACAAUACACUAAGUGCAAGCCUGUCAGCAGUCCUGCUGUGUUAUCACCCCGCACUGUGUGAAACACACGGUGCUUACGUUUUUGUGGGGCUUGCUUAGUUUAUUUAGCUCUCCACAGCAGAAAUAGGACUAUUGCACUUUCCCACCUGGGUGCUAAGAUUUUUUUUUUUGAACAAUUUUCUUUUAACAUUUUAUUUUAACAUUUUAUUUUAUUCAGACCCCCAAGACUUACACUGUUGGUUAGGCGAUUACCUUUCCAAUGGUGGGUCUUGGGGGUCUGUAGCUGCUUAGAUGCCUGAGAUACAGGCUUCUAAGCAGCAUGCCCCCUGCUCCUAUACUUAACAUUAAGUAUAAAUAAAGUUGUGCAGUGACGUCAUCACGCAGGCAUGAUCGCCGGGGUGGGAGCCCCCAGAUCUCCCUCAAGGUGGGAGAGUGCUAGCGACUCUGAGCUGUCAUUAGCACUAGAGUGGGGAAUUCUGCGACGACUCAGAGCCGUUGUUAGCACUCAAGGGGUUAAAGGGACAGUUAAGUAAAAAAAAAAAAAAACCUUUUAUGAUUUAAAUAGGGCUAAACCUAGGAGGUUCAUUUGCUAAUUUCUUAGACCUUGAAGGCUGCCUCUAAUUUUAAAGCAUUUUGACAGUUUUUCACCACUAGAGGGCGUUAGUUCAUGUGUUUCACAUAGAUAACAUUGAGCUCAGGCACGUGAAGCUCCUAGGAGUCGGCACUGAUUGGCUAAAAAUGCAAGUCUGUCAAAAGAACUGAAAUAAGGGGGCAGUUUGUAGAGGCUUAGAUACAAGACAAUCACAGAGGUAAAACGUAUAUUAUUAUAACUGUGUUGGUUAUGCAAAAUUGGGGAAUGGGUAAUAAAGGGAUUAUCUACAUUUUUAAACAAAUUCUGGUGUUUACUGUCCUUUUAAGUGAGUGAGACUCUGUGAUAGAGGAGGAGCCUGGAGAUCCUGUCCUGUCAGACACAGUGGUCUCUGCCCGCCCUGGAAAGGAAGGAAGGAUGGAUGGUGUGAGGAACUGAAGCUAUGCACCAAAGUAUGGACACCCUGGAUCGUGACAUUAAACAAUAGCCGUUCAUGUCUGUCUAGUUAAUUUAAAGUGGUUUUAAAAAAGUUCUGUGUUUCACCAAAAUAAAAAAUGUGCUCAUCAAGAAGGGAAGAGUAAUGUCCUUUCCGCAUUCUCUGAUUGGGAUUCCUUUUAGUUAUUCCAGAGAUAGCUGGGAUGAGGUUUACAAGGAAAAUACGUGUACACACAAAGGAAAAUCGUCCUUGCAAUUAUAGGUGUUUGUGAACUAUCUUGUAGUAGGAUAAGCCCACUUACUUUAUACACUAAUAGUAUGUGCAGUCUGUUUAUGUUGUCUGUAUGUCUAUCAAUUUAUGGUCAGCAGGCCAGAUUCAUGCAUUUGCUGCAGAUUCAACCUUACCAGUUUCAUCCCAAAGUGCAAGGUGACCCUCAUGCUUCCUCUGCCAGUGUUACUUGCUUCACAUUUACUUGGUAUACAUGUUAAUGGUAAAAUAAAAUGACACUGACUUUAAA